AUGGCUUCAGAUCAACUUUCGGCCCUGCUUCUGCUGCCGCCACCCCCUUCGGCAUCGUUUGACCAGUUUAAGGCUGCAUAUGAGCCCAUUCUGUUGGGUGUCUGCACCAAGCUUGUCCGGGAACUUAAUGGAGCCAAUCACGCGGCCAUACUAGAUAUUGCGCUCUCCCUUCCAGGCCUUCUAUCCCCCUCAUGUCGGCCGCGCACUAGGGCAUUUUCAAGCCUCCAGUCUUUUCUGGAAAGCAUCUAUAGGCUUAUUGGGAUUGUGUGUGUUGAGCAAGGCAUUGAGCUCGACGGUCCUGGCGGUAUUGACGCCCGUGUGAUCUUACUCGACUACGAUUCAGUCCAGACUGCCGUUCCCAGGGACAAUCCGUGCGAUGGUCCUAUUAUUGACUUGCAGACGUUGGCGCGGUCUGGGCGACUGUGGGAUUUCAUAUACUACCCGGAUAACCAAGUAGGUCAGGGUCUAGCAACGGCCUUCAGUAGCUUCUAUUCUGAGUCUAAGGACCCCAACGGCGGAUCUAUGAGCGCAAUCCCAAAUGCACCCAAUUGGAAGGCUGCAGAAUCUCUUCUGGUGAUGGAUGAUAACCACAUAUCAACCAUGCAUUACUCUGUGGCUGUAGGAGGCACUUUCGAUCACUUUCACAUCGGGCACAAGCUCUUGCUCACGGCUACGGCGUUGGUAUUGCAGCCUGCCGAGGAUGUCGAGGCAGGUAAAGUCCGGAAGAUCACCGUCGGGGUGACAGGAGAAGGUUUGCUGGCGAAGAAAAAGUAUGCCGAAUUUCUGGAGAGCUGGGAUGAGCGAUGCAUGAGUACCGGCUCGUUCCUUUCAGCCAUCAUGGAUUUCCGUAUCCCGGAAACCAGUGCGCCGCGCAUUGAACGAGACUCUGGAUCUGGAUCCGAUGACAAGUACAUUCAGAUGCAAAUGCGGCCGGAUCUAGUCUUCAAGCUGGUACAGAUCACGGAUCCUUUUGGCCCUACCAUCACCGACGAAGAGAUUAGUGCUCUUGUUGUUUCCAAAGAGACUCGUGCAGGUGGGGGCGCGGUCAAUGAGGAGCGUGCGAAGAAAGGCUGGGAGAGCCUGGAGGUGUUUGAAGUCGACGUACUACAUACAGGCGAAGUCCCCACCGAUGAUGCCGAGAGUUUCGCGUCCAAGAUAAGCAGCACUGAUAUCAGACGGCGUCGGAUGGAGAUGGCCACGGAAUAA